GACAGAAGCAAGCUGGCAAAACCGCUUGAUCUGGGGAAUUACUGUACACGAGAACCGAGGAAGACCAGGGCACUUCUUGAACGAACUUACAUUUUGUUUUUCCCCUUCUCCCUGUUUAAAUUAAAUUUAAACAGUGCGGGGGAAUGCGAAGACCUCCGUGAUCGGAAAAGAAAAAAAAGGAAAAAGAAAAACUUUUAAGGGGAACUUUUAAGAGCCUCGGCAAAAACGAGAAACUUUAUACAAUAUGCUUUGGUCUUUAUUUAUUCUUAUAAAUAAGCUCGCGCCUCUGACUGUGACUAUGACUGCUCAGUCGUGAAGCUCUGGUUAGGGUUUUGGGGGGCGAGAUAACGGCGACCUGGACACUCCCAAAAGAAACCUAAAAGAAAUGCAAAUCCUAUCAGGUAAUUAAUACAAACUAACAGUUUUAAAGAUACGCACCGUAGCUGUGAUGAACCACUGGAUGGGCACGCAUCCGUUGGAUCCAGCUAUUAACAUUUUGGACAGAGGAGAGUUGUGCGCCCGGGCUGCCAUGACAUAACGGGACACUUGGAAAAUCAGCGGUGCUGAAUAUUUCUGGAUUUGCGUUCAUUGGUUGAGCGCGGGAUCUUCAACUCUAACCAAAUCACCCAAAGGGCUUGAGAGCUAAUUUAGUUUCUUUUUUUUGUGCUCCUUACUCCCUCCGAGAGUUUGAUGGUGGAGAUAUGGGAUGACUGGAGGCGGGGGUGCAGCUGAGCUGAGAUCCAGGCCAGGGACAAUGUUUGCGCCCGGCGUUGGCAUCCUUGUGCUGUCGGGGCGUCUGGUACUGAUGCUGCUGCUGCUGUCCUCCUCGGACCCGAGGCUGUGCCAGGCUUGCUCCGGGCUGCUCGCCUCCACCAGCGGCUGCAGCUGCACGGACGAGCGCACCAAAGCGCACAGCGUCCAGGCCGUGGGGAGAAGGGUCAGCUGCAGCAAAGAGGAGCUGCUGGAACUGCCGGAUGCCAGCUUGCUCCCCAACAGAACCAUCACUCUGAUAUUGAGCCACAACAAAAUCAGAAUUCUGAGAAAUGGAUCCUUCAUUGGACUUAACUCUUUGGAGAAGCUGGAUCUCAAGCACAACUUAAUCAGCACUAUCAUGCCAGGAGCCUUCCAGGGUCUGUCUGAGCUUCGGAAACUCGACCUCUCCAACAACCGCGUUGGCUGUCUGAGUGCAGACAUGUUCCAGGGGCUGACCAAUCUCACUAAACUGAACCUCUCUGGAAACAUCAUAUCGACUCUGAAUCCAGGAGUGUUCGAGGAGCUGCCUUCUCUCAAGCUGGUGAACUUCAACUCAGACUACCUGUCAUGUGACUGUGGGCUGCGCUGGGUUCCAAGCUUCUUUCGCAGCAGUUCAGCCCGGUUGGGGGAUGAAACCCUGUGUGCUUACCCCAGGACCCUCAGGAGAAAGCCCUUGCGUGGACUAAAGGAAAGCCAGCUGAAUUGUGAUGGUCCACUGGAGCUGCACACCAUGUCACUGCUGCCGUCCCAGCGUCAGGUGGUCUUUAAAGGUGACCGGCUGCCCUUCCACUGCACCGCAGCCUUGGUAGACAAGAUCACCGCCUUACACUGGCGUCAUGAAGGUCGAGUGGUGACCUCUGACCAAGACAUGGGUUACCAGCUGGAAGACAGUGUGGUGCACGACUGCACCUUCAUCACCAGUGAACUUAUCCUAUACAAUGUCCCUGUGGACGCCAGUGGAAAGUGGGAGUGUGUGGUUACAACUGGGCGGGGCAACACUUCUCACACUGUGGAAAUAGUGGUGCUGGAGAACAGUGCCUCCUUCUGUCCAGAGGAUAAAGUUGUCAAUAACCGUGGAGAGUUCAGGUGGCCAAGAACUCUUGCAGGCAUUACUUCUCAUCAGUACUGUCUGCAGCUGCGCUACCCCUCCCUGUCUGUGGAGGAGGGGAUGGAGCAGAAGAAAGCCUCUCGACACUGUGACCGCUCGGGAAAGUGGCAAGAGGGUGACUACUCAGACUGUCACUACACCAAUGGUAUCACCCGUGUCCUCCAUACCUUCAUCCUGAGACCCAUCAAUGCAUCCAAUGCUGUCACCGUAGCGCAUCAAGUGCGCACAUACACUCUAGAGGCUGAUGGUUUCACAGACUCUGUUGAUGUGCUAUACGUGGCACAGAUUAUGGAAAAGUUUAUGGAAUAUGUCAGUCACUUGCGAGAGUUGUCAGAGGUGAUGGUUGAGAUGGGCAGUAACCUGAUGCAGGUGGAUGACCAGAUCCUUGCACAAGCCCAGAGAGAAAAGAAAGCCUGCAGCUCCAUUGUGUAUUCUCUAGAAACGCUGGCCUGGCCUCAGUUACACAGUCAUGCUCAAGACGUCUCCAUGGUGUCUAAGAACAUUGUGAUGGAGGCCCACCUAAUUCGACCAGCCCACUUCACUGGUAUGACCUGCACUGUCUAUCAGCGUCGUAGCUUGUCGUUGGAGAUGUCAGAGUCUGCCCAUGAACCACAGCUACAUUUCCGCUGUAGCACCGGCUCCCAUAAUACCUCCCUCAACAAUUUUCCCUUAAAGAAUUCAGUAGCCCUGGCCUCUGUGAGUCUUCCAGCUACGCUGUUUCCUCCUGAUGCUGCUUCAGAUUGUAAACUACAGUUUGUAGCCUUCCGAACAGGGAGCUUCUUUCCUCUGAACACAAACUCUAAUAACACCGUUGAACACUCCCGUAGACGAAGUGUCAAUACACCCGUCAUCUUUGCAGGCCUUGCAGAUGGUUGCAGCAUGUGGAACCACUCUGAGCCCAUCUGGGUGUCCCUGCGCCACUUGUCCCCUGGCACUGAUGCAGUGCCAGCCCAAUGGAGCCUCAAGGGACUGAAGAAGCAGGGAAUCUGGAGCCAGGAGGGCUGUCAACUUGUCCACAGUGACAGCAGCACGUCCACGAUGCGCUGCUCUCUACUCAGCAACUAUGCUGUGUUACAAGAAGUACCCAAUUACUCCGAUUCCAACCCAAAUGCUGUGAGAGUGCUACACCCUGUGGUCUAUGCCUGCACUGCAGUGCUGCUCCUUUGCCUCUUCACAAUUAUCAUUACGCACAUACUUCAUCACAGCUCAAUUCACAUAUCAAGAAAAAGUUGGCACACAUUGCUGAAUACCUGUUUCCACAUUGCCAUGACAACAGCAAUCUAUGCAGGAGGCAUAAGUUCAACCAGCUACACUGUGGUUUGUCAGGCGGUGGGCAUUGCUCUACAUUAUUCCUCACUAUCAACGCUUCUGUGGAUUGGAGUCAGUGCGAGGGUCAUUUACAAGGAAACUGUGUGGAGAAUUCCACGGCAGACAGAUGGAGAGUCUCCUGCUCCACCUACUCAGCGACCUAUGCUCAGGUUCUAUUUGAUAGCAGAUGGAGUCCCACUUAUUAUUUGUGGGAUCACUGCGGCUGUCAAUGUCAACAACUACGGAGACAACAGCCCUUACUGCUGGCUGGUCUGGCGCUCCAGUCUGGGGUCCUUCUUUGUCCCUGCUGGAUUAGUGGUGUUGGUGACCUGGAUUUAUUUCCUGUGUACUGUGUUUCGCCUGAGGCACCGCAUGGCCAAAGAAUGCACAGGACCCACCCUGUCCUCUCCUGGGACCGAGAACCAUCCUGCACUGGCAGGAAGCACCAGCUUGCUCUCCACUGACUCUGCUGUGGGACCUAUAACCCCAGUUGUGCCUCCAGAGGAUCAGUACUCACUGAAGACACAGUUCUCUGUGCUGGUAGCCACCCACUUCCUGUUUGUGGCCCUGUGGUGUUGUGGAGCCAUGGCAAUGUGGCUCACAGGCCACACCAGCUUGUUGUUCAGUUGUCUCUAUGGGAUAAUUGCCACAGUUUUAGGGGUGUUUUUGGUGGUUCACCAUUGCUUCAGACGACUGGAUGUGCAAGCAUCAUGGCUGGGUUGUUGCCCAGGGUAUCACCAUUCCCAUCCCAUGUCUUCUUAUGCACACACCUGCACCACAGGGAGUGCAGUGCAGACUUCUGAGCAGGGAUCCCAGCUAUAUGUCAAUUGCAAUCCACCUGCUGACUCUCACAACUCCUCAUCAGCCAGGUCGUCAUCCACACCGAGUGGGAUCAGCAGCGUUAGUCCGGGGCCUUGUAAACUCACCAACUUGUUGCAGGUGUCACAAGACAAUUCAAACAAUACUUCCCGUGUCCCUACAGGCAACAACACGAGCACCAGCACUGACAACAUCACCAAGCCAUCAAAUAAUAUUCUGCCUGCUAUCAAUUCUGCCGCCCCAGUUCAUGCCCAGAGAAGAAAAAUUAGCAGCAGAACUAAACAAGGAAGUAGUCAGUAUUAUCAUCGGGGUGAGGGCAGGGGCCACUAUCGUCUCAAAGCUCUAAGGACUGCUGCGGGUGGGGGCAGUCUUGGAGCUUUAGGCCCCACAGGUUUAGAGAACCUCAGUUCAUCACAUGCUGUUUAUAAACAAGCCACAAGUGAGAAUGGUAGCAUCCACCACAGCCUCUCAGAGAACCAGGCCAGCCUACUAACCAACGGGAAGCGAGUAGGAGAGACAGUGGCCACCAGCCCCUCAGAGGGAAGCGACGGGGGCAGCAGCGGGAGCCGCAAACCUUUCCCUCUUCUACCAUCUGUGGCCAACAGAAUGGCCAUGCACGGUGCUCAGCGGCGAAGCUCCAGCAGAGACAAUUUGAAAGCGGCUUCAUCCGCGGAUCGAGAAACAAAGCGCGGUUCCUACCCUUUGAACAGUGUCACUACCACCGUGCCGGGGGCUGCUGCUCCAAAUGGCACUCUGAGAACCUCAGUGCUCGAGCUAGAGCAGGACAUGAGUGGCACAGACCAGUCCCAGAGCUCUGUGGGAAUGAAGAGUGGUUUGUGGAAAAGUGAAACCACAGUGUAGACUAUACUUUCCGCUGAACAUCUAUGCAUGACUGUAAUGAAAUAAGGGGGUUAUGUUUUAAUGGUCUCUAAAUAAUUAUGUAAUUUAAGAUAUAAUAUCACAAAGGCAUCCAGGACUUUAGACUGGUACUCUUGCCUCUGUAGCAAUAUUAAUUUUGCUGUGAAAUAAUAAGGCAGGUUUUUUUAUUUGUAAUAAUUGUCAUUUUCAAGCAUAAGAUAAGCAUUUAUAUUAUUCACCUUACAAAAAUGUACAAGAUAUUUCUAAAGUUGGCAUAUAAUGUUGAUUUUGGAUGUCUAAUGAAAGCUUUAUUGUUUUAGAUGUAAUUUUUCUAUGCAUAUCAACUAUAGCAUGAAAUGGAGUGCAAAAAGGUCCAUUUCCAAAGUACAGCUGCAUGCAUUUAAUCUAAGGGCAACCUUUCACCCUUAUGUUUCCUUCAAGUGAUUGUUUUAAUGCGCUCAUGUAUGCACUUGUAUGUUUUCUGUGUGUAUAUGUAUGUAUGUGUGUGUGUGUGUGUGUUUGUGUGUAUAAUGUAUGUACACACAAUGAGACAGGACUUCUAUGAGUUUGGCUGUACAGAAUCUCUAAGUGAAUUAAAAAUGCUAUGUGAGACUUU